AGAGUAGUCGCUGACGUCCGCCCUCCCUCCUCUUUCUCUUCUGGUGCUGCUGGCGAAGUUGUUCACGUGGGUGGGAGCCUGGCUGUUACCUGGAGCCGAGCCUCUUUCCCCCUGGUGUCUGCAAAAAGAGAAGCAGCCUCCGGCGGAGGAAGAUCCACGGAAAAGCGCCUCGAAGGUGGCUCGAGAGGUAUGACUUAUCUUUUAAGGAGAUGAAAUUUGUGCAUAUGAUUACUGCUUUGUGUGAUGGAUGUAGCACCUCCCAGUUACUGUUUUGUUGCAUUUCCACCAUCUACUAAAAAUGGCCAUGUAGUAGUUGGAAAAAAUUCUGCACGUCCCCGUGAUGAAGUUCAGGAGGUAGUUUAUUUUGCUGCUGCUACUUAUGAUCCAGGAAGUAAAGUUGAGUGCACAUACAUUGAAAUAGAUCAAGUACCUAAAACAAAUGCUGUUACACUGAGCAGACCUUCCUGGCUCUGGGGGGCUGAAAUGGGAGCCAAUGAACAUGGAGUCUUCAUUGCUAAUGAAGCUGUGUUAGCCAGAGAAGCAGCCUCUGAAACUGAAGCUCUCCUAGGAAUGGAUCUUGUGAGACUUGGGCUUGAAAGAGGUUCAACUGCUAAAGAAGCUUUGGAUGUCAUUGUCUCGCUGCUGGAAGAAUAUGGUCAAGGUGGAAAUUACUAUGAAGAUGGAAAUAUGUGCCAUACUUUCCUGUCUGCUUAUCUGAUAGUAGAUAGAAAAGAAGCCUGGGUGUUGGAUACUAUUGGAAAAUAUUGGGCAGCAGAGAAAAUUAUAGACGGAGUGAAGUGCAUUUGCAACUGUCUGUCCUUAACUACAAAAAUCGACGCAGAGCACCCUGAGCUUAGAAGUUAUGCAGAAAGUAAAGGAUGGUGGAGCACAGAUAAGGAGUUCAAUUUUGCUGAAAUAUUUUCCCGAGUUGACGAUUGUUCAAAUUGUUGUUUGGGGAAGGAGAUCUUAAAAAAGCAAGAAGGCAACAUCACUGUGGAAACAAUGAUUGACCUAUUACGUAACAAGGCUGAUGGCAUCUCUGUGGAUUCAGACUCUUUUCUUACAACAGCAAGCAUGGUGUCCAUCUUACCUCAGAAUCUGACUUCCCCAUGCAUUCAUUUUUUCACUGGCACACCAGAUCCAUCCAAGUCUAUAUUUAAACCUUUUAUCUUUGUGGAUGGUAUGAAAAUGGUACCUAAAAUUCAAUCACCCAUUUUUGGUAGUGAAGAUCCUGUGAAAAAAAUUCCUCGGUUUCAGGAGAAACCUGAUCGCAGACAUGAACUGUAUAAGGUACAACAGCAGGCCCGAUUAGUCUUAGAGAGUGAUGAGGAAAAAGGUCAGACAUUAAGAAGAAUAAUGUUAAGCCUCGAAAAACAGGGCUUGGAAGCAAUGGAAGGCAUUCUCUCUAGCUCUGAGAUUCUUGAUUCUUCAGAAAUAGAAGACCUUUUUUAUGACUGUGUAGAUACAGAAAUAAAAUUCUUCAAAUGAAUGCCCAUAGACACUGUUAGCCUUUGCACAAGAACAUAGAACUCUUCAAGCCUUGAAAGAUAAUCUCACCAUAUUGCCGAAUUUGGGAGGAAAUAUUCGACUUUCUAGAGAAACUUUCCUCAGUAGCUGUAUCCAGUUAACAUCCUUUUUCAUUAUGUGUUGUCCUGUGUAUAUUGCUAAAAGAGAAGAUUCACUGAUUGGUUCAGUUAGUAGAUGCAUGCUGGCCGGUGUAAAACUGGAAUUUUUGUUUUAUUUGAGUGACAAAACUUUAGAAAUGAAUAAUUUUAGAAAAGACUGUAGAAAUCUUAAUGUUGUUUUCAAAUUAAUCAGGAUCUUUUGAGAACUUCCCUUCAAAAUAUUGAUUUACUUUCAAAAGAAAGAUGGUCCACUUUAUAACUUCUAAAUGAUAUUUUUGAACAGAAUAUGUGGAAAUGUUUAAAAAAAAGGAAAUUCCAUUAAAAAGGGUAUAACUUUUAGCAAUGGAAUGCUUUCUCACUAAUGCUAGUUUAAAUGAGAAUGAAAACAAUUUACAUAAACCUUAGAGCAGUGUUUCUCAACCUUGGCAACUUGAAGAUGCCCGGACUUCAAUUCCCAGAAUUCCCCAGCCAG